AGAUGGAACAUCUUGAGCCAUGGAUUACAGAGGGAUGGGGGAGGGGGUGGAUUGAAUUUUACAUCUCUGCCUUGUAUUUUCUGUUGUUGUGCAAAAUCACAGAGCAUGUAUUAAGUCUGUGUAGAUUUAGGGAAUUCAACCAAAUAAAUAUAAUUAAAAAGUAAACAAAGAAAUAAGACCAGACAGACUCUAAACGACACCGUUGCCUACCGCCGCCCUGUGCCCUAUCUCUCUGCUUAGGGUUUCUGAGCUUCGGGAGUGUUGAGCUUCGGGAGCGAAAUUUUCUUGUUCUACUCCUUCAAAUUUGUUUCCUUGUGCACGUGUUAACUUUCAGAAAAGAAAAUGGAUGGAGUCAUUUUAGGCAUGCCAGGACCGUGGGCUGACAGUAAUUAUGAAGCAGCUGACAUAUACACGACAAAGAUUGGAGGAGUUCCAGAUUGUCCAUUUCCAAUUGUUAGCGAGAAGCCAGAGCUGCUUAAGUGCACUAAAUGUGGAAGCAAUCUUUGUCUCAUUGCACAGGUUUAUGCUCCUGUUUCAAAUAAAUCUGUGGCAAUAGAAGAGCGAAUAAUAUAUGUUUUUUGCUGUGUGGUUCCAGAUUGUGAAAGCCUCCUCUGGCGAGCUCUUCGUGUUCAGAAGAUUUCAAGCAAUGAAGGGGUGCAGGUUCCUACAUCUUCCCUUUCAAUUUCAAAUACUAAUUGGCAGAAGGAUCUAUGGUCAUUUGACAUUAAUGAAGAGGAUGGUCAUGAAGAUGAUGAUGACAUAGAUCUGGAGGAAUUGGGUAGGGCACUUUCUGAAGCCGCAAGUUUAACUUCUAGUGGCGAAAGGCGGAAUAAUGAUGCUGAGCCCAGUAGGAAGCCUCUGCCCAGAGGUCAACCAGCUAGGUCUAUUGAUGAUAAAAUUCCAGUGAUGCCGUGCUUUUACAUAUACACUCAGGAAGAGAAACAAGUCAAAAAAGAUGCUUCCGAAAGUUCUAAGGACCGCUUGCUCUCUAUCCAAGAGCUUGAGAACAAUUCUGAAGAUCCUUCAAAUGUAGAAACAUAUGAAGAAGAGAAAUACGAAUAUGAUAGAGCAUUAAAUGCUGAUAGGACUUACCUUAAGUUCAAGAAGCGUAUGGAUGCAUAUCCAGAGCAGUGCUUCAGAUACUCAUAUGGCGGAAAGCCCCUAUUGGCUUCUGGAGAGAUGGGAGAUCCUGGGACCUGUAGGCUCUGUGGUGGGGCAAGGCAUUAUGAAAUGCAGCUGAUGCCCCCAGUCAUAUACUUCUUGCAGGAAGAAGCAGAUGAUAGGCAGAGGAUAGCUUUAGAAAAAAUUGAUUGGAUGACUUUGUUAGUCUAUACGUGUUCGAAGAGCUGUGCGGACUCGUCGUAUCAAGUAAAAUCUGGCGGUGAAGAUUGGAUAGUCGCUGAGGAGGCAGUUAUCAUUCAACAUGAGUAAAAAGUGUGUAACCUUCUGCGAAAAUCGAGUUUGUAUGAUACAGCACUGAAACUUUUCCUUUCCGGAGUCAUGAAUAUGUAAUAGAGGUAGAUGUUACAGUUGAUUUUCCGGGCUUGCCGAAAUUUUGUUUACCAGGUAUAAAAUCAUUGUUUUUUCAAUUCAGCGGUCCAAAUUCUCGUAGCAAGACUUCUGUGUGUUGAGAAAAUCAGG